GGGGUGACCGGGGCCGUCCUGGGGGGCGCGGAGAAAAAGUCUCUAAAAGCUACAGGUGUUUUCUGAAGUUCUAGAAUGGAUAGAGAUUCAGCACCCCCCAUGGAGUUCAGGAUAGGUGAACUGGAAGUAGAACUACAGAUAAAGAUUACAGAUGCUGGUAGGUGUUCAAUGAUACUUGUCUGUACUGCAGCAGCAAAGCGUCACCUUGGGCUAUUCCCAAGAGGUCUCCCAAGAUCAAGGAAUACUCUGCGCUCCUUUCGUGUUUUCCAGGGGUACAGUUCCACUACAACCGGGAAACUGGCGUCUCACGGCUUUGCUUCCAUGGCAGCAAUGUCAUCUUUCCCCCCACAGAGGUAUCACUACUUCCUAGUGCUGGAUUUUGAGGCCACAUGUGACAAGCCACAAAUCCAUCCCCAGGAGAUCAUUGAGUUUCCCAUCCUGAAGCUAAAUGGCAGGACAAUGGAGAUUGAAUCCACCUUCCACAUGUAUGUGCAGCCAGUGGUCCACCCACAGCUCACACCUUUCUGCACAGAGCUCACUGGAAUUAUUCAGGCCAUGGUGGAUGGUCAGCCCAGUCUCCAGCAAGUGCUUGAGAGGGUUGAUGAGUGGAUGGCAAAGGAAGGUCUUUUGGAUCCCAGCGUCAAGUCGAUUUUUGUAACCUGUGGAGACUGGGACUUGAAAGUAAUGUUACCUGGACAAUGCCAAUAUUUAGGGCUUCCUGUUGCUGAUUACUUCAAACAGUGGAUUAAUCUCAAAAAGGCGUACAGCUUUGCCAUGGGGAGCUGGCCAAAGAAUGGACUCUUAGACAUGAACAAAGGCCUGAAUCUACAGCACAUAGGAAGGCCUCACAGUGGGAUAGAUGACUGCAAGAACAUUGCCAACAUCAUGAAGACACUGGCUCACAGAGGGUUCAUCUUCAAGCAGACCUCCAAGCCCUUUUGAUCUCCGGGGCCGGCCGGACAGGGCUGCAUGCGGCCGGCUCCUGCUAUGUGGGCGUGAUGGGCUGGAGCUUUCAAAUGACAGAAAGAGGACAGAGGAACAAGGAACCCCACAUCUCCGUCAGUUUUGCUGUUCUGCCAGUAGAGGCUGUAUAUAUGGAACUGGAAUCUCUGUGUAGGCCUGACGUGACUCCCUCUCUGGGGCCAGCUGCCUGCCCAGCCUGCAGCCCCCUAGGGCGCUUGCUCCACAUGGUUAGAGACGUAGAUUGUUUUCCCUUUUGUUGGCUUCUGAUUUUCAUUGGCGUCUUUCCCUCUCUCUCUUUCUUUCUCUGCUCACAUUUGCGCCUGUAGUAAGACCAUGGCGCUAUGUUCAGGGCACUUGCCCUUAUUAUUUUGAGUACAGUAUUUCAACAGCUGCAGUCAAGCCUUUCUCCCCUUUUUCCUGUGUGAAUAUGUUACUGUGUCUCCUGCGUGUCAGCUAAAUAUUGACUGGGCAGCAUCCAGACAACCCCCCUUUCUUCAACAGCCUCUUUUCCUGUGCCCAUCUCAUCUGUUUUAAAGAAACACUAACUCUAAUUCCCCCAGAUGUGACUAAGGAAGCUUGGCUCUUUCUGUUCAAGGUAAAGUGCCUGUAUUCCCCACCCACCAAAAGCCCCCUGUCUCCCUGGGGCUUCGUUCAGCAGGGAGUAUUGUAGGCUGGAGCAUCCUGGUUGAUGCUCAUCACCAUGUACAGCAUCUCUGGCACCCUGGCUCAUGUCUCCUCAGACAUGCAUCCAUGUUCUGUUUGUGCAUGGUAGCCCUCAUAUCAUGUGAUCCAUUGCUGGCAGUGGACAUGCCCAUUACUAGUGGCCUGGCGGGAUGUGUUUCCAACUUCAAUACUCAUGGGGAACCGUAACACAACUAUCUCUUCCCCUUUACUAAAAGUGACCACUGGUUUGUUGCAUGAUAGGUAUGGCCUGUUCUUCCCAUCUGAUUUGCAUUACCUUUGACCAGUACAGGAGGAAAGAGAUCAAAUAAUGACCUUUCCUCCCCCUCUCAAUGGUUUCCUGAACCCUUCUACCCUCCCUUUAGCCUUUGCUGAAUGAAUCCCCAGGUGGGUAGGCUCUAGCUGCCACUGACCUGGGCAUCACGCCCAGAGGGCUCUGCCUAUGCAGCAGUCAGGCUGUGAGUUGAUACAGGCACUGGGCCUUCUGGUAAAUAAUAAUGCAUGGUGUGUGGAUGUUCCAGCUGAACCCAACCUGACCUCUUCAUCAGCUCGUUACUCCCAUUCUUGCUGUAAAUGUGCCACAUGAAUAAAGUUUGGGGGAAAGGAA